AUGGUCAUGAAAUUAUACACCUACCCACAAAACAGCCGUGCUUUCAAAAGUUUAAUUGCUGCUAAAUACGUCAAUGUUGAUAUUGAAGUACCAGCUUUCAACUUUGAAACUGAUCGUUUAACUGAAGAGUUCAAAACCAACUUCCCAUUAGGUAAAGUUCCAGCUUUAUUAACUGAACAAGGUCCACUCUUUGAAUCAAACACCAUGGCUCGUUAUGUUGCUCGUUUAAAUAACAGCACCAUCUAUGGUUCAGAUGCAUACACUGCCGCCCUCAAUGACCAAUGGAUUGAUUAUGCAGCCAACGAAAUCGACCCAAAUGCCAUUCCAUGGUUAUAUGCCAUCCUCGGUUAUUACGAUUACAAUGCUAAAGACAGCAACAAAGCCAAAGAAAACAUGAAAAAAGUCUUAGCUUUCCUCGAUGCCCAACUCCUCAACAAGCCAUUCCUUACUGGUUUCCGUGUCGCUCUUGCCGAUAUCAUCGUUGUUUGUUCAUUAUUCAACUUUUACAAAAUGGUCUUUGAACCAACUUUCCGUUCCCCAUACGUUAACGUCAACAGAUGGUUCACCACCUGUAUCAACCAACCAAACUUCAAAGCUGUCAUUGGUGAAUUUGCUCUCUGUGAAAAGAUGAUGGUCUACGUUGCUCCAAAGAAGGAAGUCAAAGAAGAAAAACCAAAAGCUGCCCCAAAGAAGGAAGUCAAAGAAGACGCUGGUGACGAUGAAGUCGAUGAAAAACCAAAAAAGAAAAACCCAUUAGAUGAAUUAGCUCCAUCAACCUUUGUUUUGGAUGAAUUCAAACGUACCUACUCCAACAAUGAAGUCUCCAUGUCCAUUCCAUGGUUCUUUGAACACUUUGACAAGGAAGGUUUCUCUGUCUACCAAUGUACCUACCAAUACAAUCACGAAUUAGGUCCAGUCUUCAAAACUUGCAACUUGGUUGGUGGUUUCUUCCAAAGACUCGAAACUCUCCACAAAUACGCUUUCGCCUCUAUGAUCAUUUUCGGUGAAGAACAAGGUGGUGCCGUCAAAGAUCAAACCGUCUCUGGUCUCUGGGUUUUCCGUGGUCAAGAUUUACCAGCUGACAUGAAAGAUUGUGAUGAUUCUUUAGUCUAUGACUGGAAGAAACUCGAUGUUGCUGCUGAUAAAGCUAUCAUUGAAUCUUUCCUUGCUUGGGAAGAUAAAAACGGUGGUUUCGCUGGUAAGAAAUUCUUACAAGGUAAAUUAUACAAAUAA